GCGAACCCUAUCAAGUUUCUUCACAUUUGUUUUGAUUAAAUUUUCAGCUCUGACACGCUUACCCACAUUCAUAACUACAUCUGUUCUGUUUUACUAUGUCGAACGCCGAUUCUAACGCAAUUGCUGUGCAUGACAACGAUGUCAGUGAAGAGAAGGGCUUCACAAAGGAUUACUAUUUCGAUUCCUACAGCCACUACGGGAUUCACAUGGAGAUGCUCAAGGACUACCAUCGUACGACCAGUUACCGGGAUGCCAUAUGGAAGAAUGCAUACAUGUUCAAGGACAAGGUUGUGUUGGACGUCGGCUGCGGAACGGGUAUUUUAUCCCUGUUCGCGGCUCGCGCUGGUGCUCGUAAAGUAAUUGGUGUCGAUUGUAGUAGUGUAGCUGUGCAGGCUCAGGAAAUCGUGAAAGAUAAUGGCUACGCCGAUGUUAUCACCAUUAUUCAUGGAAAGAUUGAGGAUCUGGAGCUGGAUGAAAAAAUUGACAUCAUUAUCAGCGAAUGGAUGGGUUAUUUAUUGUUGUAUGAAUCUAUGCUUAAUACAGUUCUUUAUGCUCGUGACAGGUGGGGCACACCAGAUGUGAAGAUACUCCCGGAUCGUGCAAAUAUGUACGCCUGUGGAAUCAAGGAUCCACAGUACAAAGAGACCAAGUUCAAUGUGUGGGAUAACGUCCUAGGACUCGACUUUUCAUAUUUCAAGCGGUUGAGCUAUAUUGAGCCCUUUGUGGAUACCGUCGAGCAGGAUCAAAUAAUAACGGACAUCGUUCCAUUCUUUUCGUUUUAUAUAAACACCGCCAAGGAGGCGGAUUUGUCCUUUGUGAGGGAGUUUACCUUAGUGGCACAGUGCACGGGAAGUUUGGAUGCCAUCUCCGUGCAUUUCGAUACUCCCUUUGGAGCAGGUCAUGAACUUGUAGUAUUGGACACUUCACCACUACUGCCGCCAACCCACUGGCAGCAGACUGUUCUCUUUUUGUAUCACUCGCUUAAUAUGGAGAAGGGAGAGCAAGCAGUCUUCAAAAUCUCGUGCACGCCGAACGCAGGUAACCCGCGUGAUCUCGAUAUAUCACUUCACUUAGAUUUUGAUGGGGCGUUACAGUCCUGCCAUUACGAUCAGGAGUUUCGUCUUCGGUAAACAGUAGAGUGCUCUUUUAUGAACACAGCGGUGCUUUUUUCCUCCCCAGUGUAUUGCUUCUUUUUAACUCUCACUUUCACAUGCCUUUUAUCUUUUAUAAAGUUCUUUAGCUAGUCACAACGACAUGCCUAUCGGAAAAAGGGAGGGAGGGGAGCGCAGGAGCUUACAUGAAGACCAUGUGUUGCUAAGUUUUUAAAAAAGUGUCAUCAUUUUUUUGCCUAUAUAGUAGUAAAUAAUAACUUGUUAACCAAUUAAGUAAUAUAGCACAUGCAUAAAGGUAGAUGAAAUAAUAUCUGAAUUGUCGACUGAGUGCAUCCCAAUUAACA